CAAGAGAAAAAAAUCAGAUUACCUAUAAGGUAAGAUCAACUCAGAUCUCAGCAGAUUUUUCAACCCAGACUCUCAAAGCUAGGAGAUCCUGGAACAAGCUCUAAAAGAUAAUGAGUGGAUGCCAGCAAAGAAUCAUAUAUCCAGCAAAUUUUUUAAUAUUUAUUUUUUAGUUGUAGUUGGACACAGUGCCUUCAUUUAUUUAUUUUUAUGUGAUGUUGAGGCUUGAACCCAGGGCCUAGCAUGUACCCAAGGAGUAUAAAAAGUCAAACUCAGAAACAGAUUCAAAUGGUGGUUACCAGAAGCCGAGCAAGAGAGAACUUGGGGAUUAUGGGCUAAAGGAAUUAAACUUUCAUUUACACAGGAGGAAUGAGUUCAGGAGAUCUGCUAGAGUGCUCAUUACAGCUAAUGAAAAAUAUUUUAUACUUAAAAUGUGCUGAAAAUGCUAGAUUUUCAGUAUUGGAAUCUUGACUAAUAAGUAUGUAAGAUAACAUAUAUGUUAAAGAGCUAGAGACAGUCAUUCCUAAAUACGUAAUCUCAAAAUAUCUUGUGUAGAAUAUAAAUGUAUUCAGUUUAUACUUGUCAACAAAAAAUUUAAAUAAAAGUGAGUAAAUAAAAUGCUAUCACAAAUGUUUUUCUGUGAAGAAUGGUAUCAGGAAAACAUGACCAGGGGAGACGAGUGCUGUCUGAAGAGCAGGCCGUGGAAGCUGGGCCAUGUGGAGCAGACAACCAUGAGACUUGUGCAAGAAUCCCCAGGGGCAGAGCGCAGAACAGCAGGCUCAGGGCCUGUACAUACUUCAUGGGUGGAGAUUCAGAAUUGUUUACAAUACUUGAGGCCAGCUGUCUACAGAGAUGGAGACCUGGUCCUCAGUGGGUUUUUCCCCCUUUACUACAUGAACCAGGAUGCAGACUUAUCCAGGAUAUCCUUUUUACUCCAACCAAAGACUGAGGUGAGAGCUACUAGCUGGCUUUGGAAGAACUACCAGUAUGUGCUGGCUUUCUACUUUGCCAUCGAGGAGGUCAACAAGGACUCCCACCUGCUCCCCAACCUGACCUUAGGUUUCCACGUCUAUAAUGCCUUUUCCAGUGACCAGUUCACCUUGUGGAGCACUCUGCUUUGGCUGUCUGGAAAAAUACAGACUGUCCCUAAUUACAACUGCCAGACCCAGAGCAAGUCUGCUGCCGUCAUUGCAGGGACCGUGUCAGCCUUCUCGGCGGAGAUUGGAACCCUUCUAGAGCUCUACAGGACCCCACAGGUCACGUAUGGACCUUUUGAUCCCGUGCUGAGUGAUAAAGACCAGUUUCCAUCGCUCUAUCAGAUGGCCCCCAAGGACAGCUCUCUGGCCCGUGCAAUGGUCUCCUUAUUGCUACACUUUGGCUGGACGUGGGUGGCGCUCUUCCUGUCUGAUGAUUUGAAGGGAGAGCAGUUCCUGAGGGAUCUGAAAGCAGAGAUGGUAAAGAAUGGUAUCUGUGUGGCCUUAACAGAAAAGCUCCCUGUCACUAAGAUAAUGUAUGGGACAGGGGACAUCACCUUCCUGAGUAGGAUCAGAGUCUCCUCUGCAAACGUGCACAUACUCCACGGUGAAGCAGGGAGCCUCGUCACCGUGGACAUGGCCGCAGACUUCUUUUUGACCACAGGGAAGGUGUGGAUCAUGGCAGCGAAGCAGGAGAUCGUCCUGCACGAGAUGAACCACAUGCUGCACUCUUUCCACGGGGGCUUCUCCUUCUCGCCUCACAGGGGGGAAAUCCCUGGCUUCAGACACUUCCUCCAGACAGUGACCCCUUCCCACUACCCGGAGGACUUUUACUUCUCUAAAUUGUGGUUGCACCUCUUUCAUUGUUCACCGGCUGGGUCACUAUGUGGACAAAUUCAUAAUUGCCCUCCAAAUGCAUCCUUCGAGUUUGUGUCGGGAGUAAUUGACAUGAUGACCCUGUCUGACUCCAGCUACUUCAUCUAUAAUGCUGUGUAUGCGCUGGCCCACGUCCUCCAUCACAUGCUUGUUCAGAAAACUGAAAUGGGAUCUUUAGAAGACCAGCUUAGGCUUCAUCCCUGGCAGCUGCAUCCGUUCCUGAAGAACAUCCGGUUUACCAACAGCGCUGGGGAGCACAUCUCCCUGGAUGAGAAGAGCAGCCAGAUGGCCCCGUAUGACAUCCUCAACGCUGUGAAUUUCCCUGCUGGUCUCGGGCUGCUGGUUAAAGUAGGAGAGUUUGUCCCCAGGAGUCCACUGGGUCAAGGCUUGGUCAUCAGUGAGGAGAUGAUAGAAUGGCCUAUUGGAUUCUCAGAGACUCCUCGAUCUGUGUGCAGCAAGAGCUGUGCCCCGGGAUUCAGGAAGAUCCCCCAGGAAGGAAGGCCCGUCUGCUGCUUUGCUUGUGUGUUUUGCCCCGAGGGACACAUUUCCAAUCAGACAGAUGCAGAGCGGUGUGUCCAGUGCCCCGCACACGAGCACCCUAACAGUGAGAGGAACCGCUGCCUCCCCAAGGUGGUCACCUUCCUGGCCUAUGAAGCCCCCCUGGGCAUGGCUCUGGCCUGCACGGCUCUCUGCUUCUCUGCACUCACAGCUGCUGUCCUUGGGGUCUUUGUGAAGCACAGAGACACCCCCAUAGUCAAGGCCAACAACAGGUUCCUGACCUUCAGCAUGCUGGUGUUCUGCAGUGUCUGGCUCACCUUCCUCCCUGUGUACCACAGCACCAAGGGCAAGGUCAUGGUGGCCGUGGAGGUCUUCUCCAUCCUGGCCUCCAGUAGCUCCUCCGAUGGGACCUUCACAACUCGUGGAACUGUAUCUUUCAAAUUAGGCGAAGUUCACACAGAAAAUUCAGCCCUUGUAGCUGCAGAGCUCGAGGGUGUCAAGCACACUGCAGGCGUGGCCAUCACCGCACCUGUCCCCAGAGCCUCUCCUCUGCACCCCGAGUCUCUCUGA